CGUCGUCUCCUGCGUCCCUCCAAGCAACCCUCUCUCCCGCUUCCUGGUAACUUUGUAUAUGUUGAACUGAAAUUUCCGAAUCCGGUUUUAAAGAGUUUCUAAAACUUCAUCUGAAUUUGAUUGGGUCGCAGAUAACACCUGCAAUGGCUCUCGAGUGUUUCAUAGAAGUUAUAACUUUGAAUUGCUUCUGAUUUUAUAUCACCAUAAAAGUUGAGAAAACUCUUCCGACACCUCGGUAUCUAGGGUUUUCUUAUGAAAUUUCCUAAAUUGCAGCACCUCGAGCUAAGAUUCUGCCUGUUUACUUUUGGUGAAUUCGAACUUACACCUGUUUACACAAAGUCACUGCAUAUAGCCAACAAUCAACAUCAAAGUCUAAGGCUAGAAGAUUUCCUCCAAUGGCAAAGGAUCAAUCAAUCUCAGUGAAAGAUGCUGUUUACAAACUGCAACUUUCCCUCCUUGAAGGCAUCCAAGCUGAAAACCAGCUUUUUGCUGCUGGAUCUCUGAUGUCUUGCAGUGACUAUGAAGACGUUGUGACUGAGCGUUCAAUUGUGAACUUCUGCGGCUACCCUCUUUGCCGCAAUCCUCUGCCAGCUGAUCGCCCUCGGAAGGGGCGGUACCGCAUUUCCUUGAAGGAACACAAGGUUUAUGACCUACAGGAGACAUACAUGUAUUGCUCUUCAAGCUGUGCUGUUAACAGUCAAGCUUUUGCUAAGAGCUUGCAAGAUGAGAGAUGCUCAGUUUUGGACUUGGAUAAACUUAAUGAGGUUUUGAGGUUGUUUGGGAACUUGAGUUUGGACUCCAAGGAUGGUUUGGGAAAGAAUGGGGAUUUAGGAUUGUCUGGCUUGACAAUUCAGGAGAAACCAAAAACCAAGGUUGGGGAAGUGCCUUUGGAGGAGUGGGUUGGUCCAUCAAAUGCAAUUGAAGGCUAUGUUCCACAGAGGGAACGCAGUUCCAAGUCCUCACCUUUGAAAAAUCCCAAAGGAGGGUCCAAAGCUAGACAUACCAAAUUGAAUAGUGAAACAGACUUCGUCAUCAAUGAGAUGGACUUCAUCAGUACUAUAAUCACUGAAGAUGAAUAUAGUGUCUCAAAAAUGCCAUCAGGUUCAACAAAGACUCCUUCUGAUGCUAAAAUAAGGGAACCGAAAGGAAAAGUGAAUUGUAAAGACUUGGAGGAUCAAGUCGCCAUAUGUGAAAAACCAUCCACUCCCACAAAGAAUGCUGGUGAAAGGAAAUCAAGAAAAUCAAAAGGGGAAGAGAGUAGAAUGGCCACCAAAGGUGAUCAUAGCAUCAUAGGGUUGCCUUCAACUUCAAACCCCUGCCCUACUAGUUCCAGUGUAAGUACUGCAGAAGCAGAAGAGGAAGCCGACAUUGAGAAAGCGGCUAUGUCAAAGGAAACUACACUCAAAUCCUCUUUUAAACCUUCAGGUAUGAAAAAAUCUGGUCGCACUGUUACCUGGGCUGAUGAGAAAGUUGAUGGCAGUGGGGAUGGAAAUCUUUGUGAGCUUAGAGAUAUAGAAGAUAAAAAGGAAGCUCCUGAAAGAUUAAGUGCUAAAGAUGUGGAAGAUAAUGAUGAAAAGUUACGCUUUGAGUGGGCAGAAGCUUGUGCAAUAGCAUUAAACGAGGCAGCAGAGGCUGUUGCUUCUGGAGAAUCUGAUGCCAGAGAUGCCGUCUCUGAAGCUGGAAUUAUUAUAUUGCCACAUCCACAAGAUGUGGAUGAAGGGGAAUUGAUGGAUGAUAUUGAUAUGCUCGAAUCAGAACCAGCUCCUUUAAAUUGGCCUAGAAAUCCUGGGGUUUCACAUUCUGAGUUGUUUAACCCUGAAGAUUCGUGGUAUGAUGCUCCGCCAGAGGGUUUCAAUUUGACCUUAUCACCUUUUGCCACAAUGUGGAUGGCUCUCUUUGCAUGGACAACAGCAUCUUCUUUGGCUUAUAUAUAUGGGAGGGAUGAGAGUUUUCAUGAAGAGUACCAUUCCAUUAAUGGGAGGGAGUACCCAAAUAAGAUUGUCUUGGCAGAUGGUCGUUCUUCUGAAAUAAAGCAAACUCUUGCUGGUUGUCUUGCUCGGGCUUUGCCUGGACUAGUUGCUGAUUUGAGACUGCCAACACCAAUAUCUAUUUUGGAGCGAGGAUUGGGGCGCUUGUUGGAUACAAUGACUUUUAUGGAUGCACUUCCAGCUUUCAGAUCGAAACAGUGGCAAGUGAUUGUUCUUCUGUUUAUUGAAGCUCUCUCUGUUUGUAGGAUCCCUGCACUUACCUCACACUUGACUAAUAGGAGGAUGUUUUUGACAAAGGUGUUGGAUGGUGCCCAAAUAAGUGUGGAGGAGUAUGAGAUUAUGAAGGAUCUAAUGAUUCCUCUCGGCAGGGUUCCUCAUUUCUCAUCUCAGAGUGGAGCUUAAUUGACUGAGAAAAACGUCAACUACGAAUGCAAAAGCAAGUGUAUGUUUAUAUUUCAUUGGUCACCAUUCUUGGUUUUUGUUUUAUGGGACCAGCAAAAUGGUUUCUUUCAAGCACCGAGGAAAGUUUGAUUUGGCCAUGAAAUCAAGAAAAUUUGAUACCCUUGUUCCAAACAAUGAGAAGAAAGAAAGCCUUGUCAAAUUGCCACCUUAUGUAAUGAGCG